GGCGCUGCUGCCUGCUUCGCUCUGCUUCUCGCUCUUCUCUCUUCACUGGAGAGUCGAACACUGGGAAGCUGCUCUCACAGACGCAGCCGGGAUGGGCUCUCUGGCGGCCCUGCGGACCGUCCUGAUCCUGGGCCUGGUGGCGAGACUGGCAGGAUGCGCUCCCGGCCUGAACGGCACGGCGGACCGCUGGGAGGCCCUUUACUCCCGGUCCCUCGCGCGAAUCCCGGGAGAGAAGCGGGAGGAGAGCGGCCGGGACAGCAACUACCUCCUCGGCAUUAAGAGGUUGAGGCGGCUCUAUUGCAACGUGGGGAUCGGUUUUCACAUUCAGGUGUUACCAGAUGGCAGAAUAACGGGAGUACACAACGAACAUCGUUACAGUCUCUUGCAGAUCUCUCCGGUGGAGAGAGGAGUGGUGACCUUGCUGGGCAUUCGCAGCGGACUUUUUGUGGCCAUGAACCGACGGGGAAAGUUGUACGGAUCUUUACAUUACAACAACGAGUGUAAGUUCAGAGAGACGCUCCUUGCCAACAACUACAAUGCUUACGAGUCAGUUGCCUACCCAAGGAUGUUCAUCGGCCUGAGGCCAGCCCUCUGUCCCACCUGCUCAUUUGAUUAUCCAAGCAACAGCAGUGCAGCCUGCAGCUUGUACAAAGUGAGCAAAUACUUUUUCACGGCACUGUAAACUCUGGUUAAAGUAUGCAAAUGGCUCACAGCAGGUUGAAUAUAAGUGGUGACAUGUGGCCUGUCUCAGACUGAGGCAUCACAGAAAGAUGCAUUGAUUUUAUUUAUGGUCAAAAGCAA